GAUUUUAUCGGUAAAGAAAUCGUUAGAUGCCUAACUCUAGCGGAUGGAGGGCUACAUGCUGUGCUAUUGGUUUUAUCUGCAAGGACUCGAAUGAGUCAAGAGGAAGAGAUGGUACUUAGUACCUUGCAGGUCCUUUUCGGCAGUAAGAUUGUUGAUUACCUCAUCAUUGUUUUCACGGGGGGAGAUGUAUUAGAAGAGGAUGGUAUGACACUGCAGGAAUAUUUGGGUGGUAACUUGCCUGACUUCUUAAAGAGAGUGCUCAUAUUGUGUGGCCAACGAGUGAUCCUGUUCGAUAACAAAACUAAGGAUGAGGAGAAAAAGAGAAAGCAAGUCCAUGAACUUCUCAAACUUAUCGACCAGGUCAGAGAGCAGAACCACAAUAUUCCGUACACCGACGAGAUGUACUAUAAGAUGAAGGAAGAAAAUGAUAGGCACUGAGAGAACAAGAGGUGCUUGAAUCAAAGACGUAUUUAGAAGAAAAACUCGAAGCACUGAGGAAGGAGCUACAGCUAUUGUAUAUAAACUCCUCCUAUUCGUUGACAAAAACACACACACAUAUGCAGAUAUGGUAUAUAAACUCCUCCAAUUAUAUUCGUUAACAAUAUCUUUUUCUUUUCCUCAGCUGGAGAAAAAUAUGAAAAUAGCUAAUGAAGCACAACAGAAGCUCUUUGAGAAAAGAGAAAAAAAACCGGAGCUGAGCCUCCGUGAAAAAUAUGAACAGCUGGAAAGGUUAAAAAUGGAUAUCUAUUUUUCCGUGUUAAAGGGUGAUUCUUACGCUUAGUUACGUUAUGUGUUCCUUGAUUGAAUAUAUAUCCCCAUUUCCUAUUUAUAAGAUACUAGAUUCAGACUCGCACAUACAUGCGGGAUUGAUUUCAAAAAUUAAUGUUAUUUAUUAGGUUUACAAUAUAUUAUGGAUGUGUAUGUGACUUAUGUUUGUAAACAUAUUUUUAACGAAUAUUAUUAACAUUUAUAAU